AUGCGUACAGCCGCACUCCUUUGGCUUGCACCCGCAGCGUUGGCUAGCGCUAUUCCUGCGCUCGAGGAAACUUCUCCAGCCGCAUCAUUUGACAAGAGGCAGAAUGUUUCUCCGAACAUCUUGGGAGGAAAGGUCCUUCAGGCAGAUGUGUACGCUGGAAUUGCUGCCAUCAACCAGCAGAUCUUCCAGGCCACACAGCAAAACGAGCAGUUCAAGAAAUGCAACCCCUUGAACAUUGUUGUUCGCAAGGAAUGGGCUACCUUCACCAAGCCGGAGAAGACCAAUUACAUUCAGGCGGUCCAAUGCAUGUCCAAGCUACCCCCGAAGACGCCCAAGGCCGAAUGCCCGGGCUGCCGGAACCGAUACGACGACUUCGUAGCUGCGCAUAUCAAGCAGACGUUCUCGAUCCACAACACUGGAAACUUUCUUCCGUGGCACCGCUACUUCACGUGGGCAUAUGAACAGACACUGCGAAAGGAAUGUGGCUACAAGGGCUACCAGCCGUACUACAACUGGCCGCGAUGGGCUGACGACCCCAUCAAGAGCCCUGCUUUUGACGGCUCUGUCACGUCCUUGAGUGGCAAUGGUGUGCUUGGAUGCACUAACCAAACCUUUUAUGGAAUUCCAACGAAUGCAGAGCCGAAGAUCAAGAUUCCCAAAGGCAGCGGUGGAGGCUGCGUAGCCUCUGGACCCUUCAAGGACUGGAGCGUCAAUCUUGGACCCGUCUUCACGGACUCGCUCUGUGUACCUCCCAAUCCAAUCUCUGACUUCACGGAUCCCAACAUGGGGCUUGGAUAUAACCCCCGUUGUCUCAAGCGAGACAUUUCAUCGUGGACAUCCAGACAGUGGACCAAUGACGAGAUGGUAGUGAAGCUGCUCAAUAGCCCAGACAUGAAGACUUUCUGGACCGACAUGCAAGGUGGUGAUCCCUCUUUUGAUAAUAACUUCAUGGGCGUGCACACUGCGGGGCACUUCCACUUGGGCGGUGAUCCUGGAUCGGAUUUCUUCACUUCUCCCGGUGACCCAUGGUUCUUCCUCCACCACGGACAGAUUGAUCGUGUGUGGUGGACGUGGCAAAACAUCAACCCUGCCGAGCGUACCAACGCCAUCUAUGGAACUACCGUUAUUUCUGACCCCACCGCGCCUGCAACUAAGCUCACCGACAAGAUGACGUUGGGCUAUGCCUAUCCAGUGGACAUUACGGUUGCCGAUGCGAUGACUACGAUGGGAGGACCUUUCUGCUACACGUACAUCUAG